CUACGUGCUUUAGACGUCCAGCCUCACCUCGGCUCCAAAUGGACCCCAACUGCUCCUGCUCUCCUGGCGGCUCCUGCACGUGCACCGCCUCCUCCACAUGCAAAGACUGCAGAUGCACCUCUUGCAAGAAGAGCUGCUGCUCCUGCUGCCCCGCAGGCUGUGCCAAGUGCGCCCAGGACUGCAUCUGCAAAGGGGCGUCUGACAAGUGCAGCUGCUGUGCCUGAAGUCGGGGAGACCCUGCCUCAGAUAUAGAUCAAACAGCAUGGACAAACUUGCAUUUCAAAAUUUAUUCCUACUACUCUGACCAGAUGCUACAUUCCUUUUUCUAUAAAAUAUGUGAAUUGUAAUAAAAUUCAUUGACUUUA